AUGGCCUCCGCCUCCUCCCCCGACGAGGAGCCUCGGUCGCUCCGCGCCGUCUUCGAGGACGCAGAGGAGAAGCGCCAGGCGCUCGAGGCGUCCCCCGACGCGACCUCGCCGCGCUACGCCGCCGACGUGGACGCCACGCUCGCGCUGUACGGCCGCGCCAUGGAGCUCGUCUCCGCGCUCGGCGUCUUCUCCCCCAACGAGUCGCUCGAGGACCUGGCCACGUCGUCGCUCCCGUACCUGCUCGCGAGCUUCCACCUCGCUGAGGUGGUGCAGCGGACGCCCACUAUGAUCCCCGGCGACGGUGGCGGCAUCGCGGCGCGGCGGCUCGAUGUGCUGCGCCGUGCGCGGGACGCCUAUGAGCGCUUCCUCAACUUGGUUGACGCGUAUGGCCUCGUGGCUGCGCAGCCGUAUGGCGAGAUGCUGGAGCGGUAUCGCGAUGAUAGGGAGGGCUUCGCUGUGGUGCCGCCUGGGAAGGACGCGGCGGCGCGGCGUGAGGGCAAGAUUGCGGGGUUUCGCGCGGAAAAGGCCCUGCGCGAUAAGCUCGCGUACUUGAAAGCUAGGAGCAGCCGCUACGCCGACGAGGAGGGCGAUGGUGGCGCCGACGACGAGCUCGUGCGUGAGGUGCACCUCGCAACCGUGGCACAGGCCGUGCAUCAGACGUUCCAGGCGCUCGACUCGAUGAACCGCGAGGUGCCGCUCCUCGCGCAAGCCCCUCCGACACCCGACCACCACCACCACCCCACCAACAACAGCAACACCACCGACCCCUCAGGGCGGGAACGCCUCCGCGCCGACGCCAACGCCGACGACACGUCAUGGCGCCUCGACCAGCCGCUACGUCGCGGCCCAGGCAACACAGGCGGGCCGCUCCUCUCGCAGCAGGGCAAGCCGCUGCAGCCCUUCACGCUCGUGGGGUCGCGCGCGGACCUGGCGCGUGGCGUGUUCCGCCCGGGCCACAACCUGCCGACGAUGAGCAUCGACGAGUACCUCGAGGAGGAGCGGCGGCGCGGCGGCAUCCUCGAGGGCGGCACCGACCCGGCCAAGCCGCAGGUCGACGAGGAUGACGAGGAGGCUGUGGACCGCGAGACGUACAAGGCGCGCGAGUGGGAUGACUUCAAGGAUGAGAACCCGCGCGGGUCGGGCAAUACGCUCAACAUGGGGUAG